CAUUUCACUGCGAUGUUGAAGGAAAGUGGAGUAGUAUUUGAAAGUAGCGCUGGCAAAAAUCCUUGCAAAUUUCGCCUAGGUGAUGAAGAAGUAAUGGAUGGUUUUAAUAUGGGCAUUGAUGGUAUGCGUCUUGGUGAUAAGAGGAGACUUAUAAUCCCUCCAUCUCUAGGUUUUGGAGAAGAAGGAUUUGGUACAAGUGUACCUCCAAACUCAUGGUUGGUGUACGAGGUUGAAUUGGUUGGCGUGCAACGUUAACCUGACAUGCCCAUUGUUCUCUCAAAUAGAAGCAUCGGAUGUUUUUAUAGUGAAGUUCAACUUAAGGCGUUAUAUUUCAAUCCAACUUGGACUUUGAAGUAGUAGUAUUGCUUUUGUCUUUUUCUUAGUAUGAACAUUUGAUUGAGAAGUCUGCAUAAUUUGGAGUGUUGAGAUUAUAUUGAACAGUACUGAUUUAAGUACCUUGUCUUAUUUGAGUUUCCUUAUCUGUUAG